AGCUGCAGAUGAAGUCAGACAAAUAGAGUACAAAGCUGCUGUCAAAAUCCAGAGCUGGUUUCUAGGAUGCAGAGUCCGAGCUUAUCUGAGAUAUCUGAACAAAAUGGCAAUUUGUAUACAGAAGUGGUGGAAAGGCUAUCGAAGCAGAAGAUACUUCAGAAAAAUGGUGGAGACAGCAUAUUUUAUUAUGAAGAUGAAUUUCUACAAUGAAAUGGCUGUCAGGAUUCAGAAAAGAUGGCGAGGCUAUUAUAUUCGGAAAUAUAUCCAUAAUUAUUAUGCACUGAAGAAAUACCUGGAAGCAAUUUCUGUGAAUAACGAGAUUGUCAGGGAUGAACUCCAAGAGUACGCAGAAAUGAAGGAAAAUGAAGAGAAAAAGAAAGACCUAGAAAAGAAAGAAAAGGAAAAGAAAUACCAAGCCCGAAAGAUGCAUUACCUCCUUAGCACUGAGCAGAUUGCAGGCAUAUACAAUUCGCCGUUCAGAACAUCCCCAGAUCCAAUGGAACUGCUGCUACGGAAGUCAAAGCCAUUGAGCCACAGACGGCAGCAAAUGAAGAGUCCAUUCACCUCUGAGCUCUAUGACUGGCCAACUUGUAAAAGGCCUCCGACCUUCUCCAUGGCACAGCCUCUGCCACCUAUUGGGAGACAGAAACCUCAGGGGCCUUUCCGUGAUACCGCUGAAGUAUUGCAGCAGCGCCACAAGCCUUUGGAACCAACCUUGCGAGUGGCGGCAUCAAUCAAUUCACCACUGGAGAAGGCCAGAGAGGAAAUGAAAAGGGAGGAAUGGGGAAACCUUAUACAUGACAAUGAAUUUCUGCCAUUUUCUUCGUAUCAUAAAAAUCAGAAGUAUGACCCAUCAAUUCAUAGAUCAAGCAAAUAUGGCCAAGAAACUUAUGGAAUUAAAUAUUUCCGAGAAGUACAGCCUAAGAAGUGGGUAGCAGACAAGGACUUUCAAACAGUGUUACCAUCGAUUGUUCUCUUCGAAAAGUUUGGAAAAACUUAUUCCAGAGCUGGGCAAAUAGUGUAA